CACACGUACACGCACACACGCACACACACACACACAUCGCUCGCUUCAAACGCCAGUCCCCACGGGCGGAGGAUCAUUGGCAUUCCGACAUCGGAGGUGUGAAUUAGAAAUUAGAAACUCGGCGUCUGUUUAUGAUUAUCCGUACUGGACUGUGAUGUGUUCGUUUCAUGAAUAAUGUACAGAGCAUACCUCAAGCACUCAGUGUUAAUAACCUCUACGUCUGGCUGGUGACACCUGGGAUCCGACGGCAAGAUCAAUAAUGACGUCACAAAGCAACCACCCCGUUGACCGAGGAUGGGCAUGGAUGAUCAUGUUAGCAUUCCUUGCAAUGAACUUCGGGGUGAAGCGCUUCGCUGUCCGAACGUUCACUCUGAUAGGGUGCACCCUGCAGGUCAUAGGCAUAGCAUCCAGCGCGUUUGUGGACACCACUGUCCUGCUGAUUGUCACCCAGGGAGUUGUCUACGGAAGCGGCCACGCCCUGAUGCUAUGCCCCACUCUGUAUAUCCUGGCCCAGUACUUUGACCGCCGCCGGGCUAUUUCAACAGGUAUCGCAACCAGCGGCGUAAGUUUAGGAGGCAUCGCCUUCCCUGUGUUGACCAAUUUCUUCUUGGACCGCUAUGGCCUGGUGGGAGCUCUCCUGCUCCUCUCCGCCAUGAUGAUGCAGCAGUACAUCUUUGCUCUGUUCUUCACACCCCCCGAGGACUACACACCUGCCCCAUCAGCCAACACAGAGUACUCUCAACAUGAAUCUGAGACUAACGACGCUUUGAUAAAACCUUCAUCUCAUGGCGCGGGUUCGCUAAUCUUUGACGAUGUUAUCGUUUUUGACGACGAUAACCGUUUAAAGACUUCUUCAUCAAGUCGACUUUCACCUCUACAAAGAUUUGCUCUCAUAAGCAAAAGUACCGGGCACAUUCCCCCCCAAGACAGCGCUCACAGGCGACUGGGCAGAACGAAAAAGCUCGCAAACUCGCAUGUGGUUUUGAACAUCGUGAACGAUCAUUGCACAAAUCAGAACACGUUGCAAGUCAACAGUGGCUCCAUUCGAACCAUGAGUCAUCUAAGCAUAGACAACCUUCAGGGAAGUCUUGUGUUCCUCAGCAGUGCAGACAGGGACGGUGAGAAAGGCGUCAGCGAAGGUCACGUGAAACUAGAGGAGCGGAAGAGCAACCAAUUGUGUCUGACGUCAGACGUUCAUGUGGACGGCUCAGAAAACCACAGAUGCGAGGAUUCAAACGCAGACCCUCCCGUACUAAAGAAACACAAACUGUGUGGUCAAUGCACCGCUCCAUCAAUCCUCAAACUCCCCGAGUUCUGGCUCCUGGCCCUGUACUGGAGCUGUGGCACAGUCACCUCCUCUCUGAGCCCGGUAUUCCUCCCUCCUCUGGUCGUGGAGAAAGGCUUCAGUCAGAGCGACGGGGCCUUCCUGCUCAGCCUAUCGGCUCUAGCUGAUAUCUGUGGCAGAUUAGGAUCUGGUCUGAUUCUACACCUCGCUCGUCUUCGCCCCUCCACACUGAUAUUAUUUCCCUUGCUCUGUUUGGGCGUCCUGUUCAACCUUACGUCUUAUUUGAACGACUACGGGGCUCUCUUGUUUCUCUCCAUCGCCCUCGGAGCUUUGACCAGCUCUUUCUGGACAUUACAGACUCUCAUCAUCAUUGAAAUCCUUGGCCUGGAACAACUUGCCUCUGUAUUUGGUUUCUUCGCAGUCUUUCAGGGCACCACAACAAGUAUCUCCUUCCCGGUGUCAG